UAUGUUGAUUGUUGCAGUUCGUCAUGGAUCUCGUGGCCACUGGCCUUCCUUCUUCAGGGAGUCUUCGAUGAACUGGUGGAGGAACCUGUGCUUCCUGUCAGGUUCCGCAACUGGAACACCACGCUGCGGCUGAAGGGAACGUCUCCCUCCAGGAUGGUGGAUAAGAUAGUGGAGCGACGCUCCCCCCAGCCCUCCCCCAGCACCUCCCCACUGCCUCCAGAGAGCCACCAGGGGCCCUGCUGUCAAUCCCACGCCUUUCCCCUGCGCUCCCCAGGACGCCAGAAGUGUCGAGGCCUAGGCGCAGGCCACUGCGCUUGCUGCGACGCCUGCAGCAGGACCUCCCCGUCAGGAGGAGGUAGCGGUAGCAGUUGCGCCUCCUUGCCCAAGACAAACGACAGGAGCUAA